GUAACCCAAAGGCAGCGAACUUGUCAUCGUUGCAAACCGCGAAACGCAACUCUCAAUCCAUUAAUCAACCAAGGGCGAUCCAGAUCAUGACUACUUCAGAGGAGAAUAUGGAUUUCAUUCCUGCCCUCCUCGCUCCUUACAAGAUGCCCAAUUUUAGUCUCUCUCACAGGAUAGUUUUGGCACCCAUGUCCAGACUGAGAUCCUACAACUUCCUUGCUCAACCUCAUGCCAUCUUGUAUUACUCCCAAAGAACAACGCAGGGUGGUUUCUUGAUAGGAGAAGCAUCCGGUGUUUCAGAAACUGCUCAAGGCUACCAAAACACCUCUGGCAUCUGGACCCAACAACAAGUGGAGGCAUGGAAACCAAUUGUGGAUGCUGUUCAUAAGAAAGGGGGCAUAUUCUUUUGUCAACUAUGGCAUGCUGGUAGAGCUUCUGAUAAUUGUUUCCAACCUGAUGGUCAGCCUCCAAUCUCAUGUUUUGACGGAGUUGAGAUUCAUGGAGCUAAUGGAUAUCUGAUUGAUCAGUUCUUGAAGGACCAAGUGAAUGAUAGAACAGUUGAGUAUGGAGGGAGCUUAGAAAAUCGUUGCCGCUUCCCUCUACAAGUAGUUGAAGCAGUCGCCGAUGAGAUUGGAGCCGACAGAGUUGGGAUCAGACUAUCUCCAUUUGCAGAUUACAACGACUGUGCCGACUCAAACCCAGAAGCACUUGGCCUUUACAUGGCCCAAUCCUUGAACAAAUACGGGAUUUUGUACUGCCAUAUGAUAGAGCCAAGGAUGAUCACCCAAUUCGAGAGUCAAAAAACAAAGAACAGCUUGUUGCCGAUGAGAAAGGCUUUCAAAGGAACGUUUAUAGUAGCCGGCGGAUACAAUAGAGAAGAGGGAAAUGAAGUGGUUGCUAAGGGUGGAGCGGAUCUGGUUGCAUUUGGACGCUUGUUUCUGGCAAACCCUGAUUUGCCAAGGAGAUUUGAGCUCAAUGCUGUGCUUAACAAGUAUGAUAGAAAUACCUUUUACACUCAGAAUCCUGUUGUUGGUUAUACGGACUAUCCGUUUCUCGAUCCAACCCCAUAACUAAAUUUCAUUCUUUAUACCCUACAUAUUGUAUUUCAAACAACUCUAUCUCCAUGCAUUGCUUUAGGGUCUUGUUUCACAUGCUUAAUUCACUUAUUAUUACUAUAAUUAUUUUUUA